AUGGCGUCCACGGACCACCCGACGAAAGAGCCAGCCAGACCAGCUGGCCUCGACGAAAAGUCCCCCGACGAUGCCAUCGCCUUUGUUGGGCUGACAGCGCACGAGCUGGACCCUGAGGUGACGGCGCGCGCCGUGCGCAAGAUCGACUGGUUUCUCAUCCCCGCCAUGAUCGUCGGCUACGGCCUUGUGUACUACGACAAGGCCAUCUUGGGCGCCGCCGUCCUGUUCGGCAUGACUGCAGACCUGGAGCUCUCUGUGGUGACCGACCCAGACGCGACGCCGCCUGUUGUCGAUACGAGGAGACUGUCCUGGGCGACCAGCCUCUUCUACUUUGGCAUGCUGGCCGGGUUGUACCCCUUGACCUAUGCCCUCCAGCGAUUCAACAUGGGCCGCAUCCUCGGUGGUAUUGUCAUCGUCUGGUCAGCCAUCUGCCUGUCUACAGCGGGCGUGACGUCCUACAAGGGCUUGUACGUCCAGCGGUUCUUCCUGGGGUUCGUCGAGAGCAUCAUCCCCACCGGGUUCAUGUGCAUCGUCUCGAGCUACUACACGCAGUCGGAGCAGAGUCUGCGCCAAGGCUGGUGGUUCAGCAGCACCGGGCUCUGGACCGUCAUCGGCGGCGGUCUGAACUAUGGCUUUGCGACAAUCCAGGGUGGCAGCUUGACUAGAUGGCAGUACAUUUACAUCUUGGCCGGGAGUUUGACCUUUCUGUUUGGCCUGUUCUGCUUCUGCGUGCCCAACUCGCCCGUGGAUGCCUGGUUCCUGACCAAGGAAGAGCGGUUCGCAGCCGUCGAGAGGUUGAGGCAUGGUCAGACCGGCGUGCGUUGCGCCAAAUUCAAGUGGGCGCAGCUGAGGGAAGCACUGUUGGAUGUAAAAGUCUGGCUCAUCUUCGUCAUGAUGAGCAGCGCGUAUACCGUCAACGGUGCCGUGAGCGGCUUUGGGCCUUUGAUUGUAUCGACAUUUGGAUGGGCGCCCUUGCAUUCCAUCUUGUGGCAGUUUCCUCUGGGUGCCAUUUGCUUCGUGGCCAUCUUACUCACAGGCUUCCUGGGAUCCAGGUUUCGCAACAUCAGGCUGAUCAUGCUGAUUGUCUGCUGCCUCCCCGUCAUCGCGGGGUGCGCCAUGAUCUGGAAGUCUGAGUGGUCGUACCGCGCUGCGACGCCUCUCGCCGGCUACUCCAUCACCGGAUUCUUUGGCGCCGUCGUGUCUCUGAUCAUCACUGUGGGCAUGUCCAACGUCGCCGGACACACAAAGAAGAGCUUCAUGGCCGCGACCAUCUUCAUUGCCUACUGCGUCGGCAAUAUUGUUGGCCCACAGCUGGUGGACUCGAAGCAAAAGGCCGACCACUAUCCCGAGCUUUGGACAGGCCUGAUCAUCUGCUACGCCAUCUGCAUCGCGGCUAGUGCAGCACUGUACGUUGUCCUGAGGAGGGAAAACGCAAAGAAGGCGAAGCUGGCUGUCAGCGCCGAGGACAGGGACAAACUCGCGUUCCAAGACCUCACCGACAAGGAGAACCCGUACUUUACAUACGUAUACUAG